ACCCAGGCCUUUUCUUUUGAACUUCUGGCAUAUUCUUUGACAUUGCCCAUAGUUGUCAGUCCUGCACCCUUAACACAGUCUUGUGUUCCAUCAGUGCUUUAUAAAGGCAGAGACAAUGUGAUAUAACAAACUUGCACGAGAAGAGGUGCCCAUCGAACCUUGGUUAAGUGAAUAACUUAAUGGUUUUUAAACACGUGACCCGAUGCGUGCUGACUCCUAGACCCUGGACACGCAGCAGCGGACAAACAGACGAAUCUUUGCUACCUCGCAGCGUCUUAUAGUAUCUCUCCACAUGGCUGCGGAGGAAGCCACCCUCACAGUUCGCCUCAUCCGUUCAUUUGAGCAUCGGAAUUUCAAACCUGUAGUAUAUCAUGGAGUUAAUUUGCAUCAAACUGUAAAGGAAUUUAUAAUAUUUCUAAAGCAAGAUGUCCCUUUGAGGACCAGCCUGCCACCACCCCUCAGAAAUUACAAAUAUGAUACACUAAAGAUUCUUCAUCAAGCUCACAAAGCAAAGACAAAUGAGCUUGUGUUGGGUUUGGAGGACGACGACACACUCCUGCUAAAGGAAGACAGAACACUGAAGGACUCAGGAAUAGCCAGUGAAACUGAAAUUGCAUUCUUCUGUGGAGAAGAUUAUAAGAGAUACAAAGCUAAUCCCAUCUCGUCCUGGUGAAGGCGGCUGGGUACACCUUUGCAUAUCUUUAUUCCACAAGUUUUGUUUUGUUUUUUAAAUUGUCAAAUAAAUCUU